UCGCCCGGGGGAGCGGCGCGACACGCCCAUCCGCCUGCAAGGCAUGGCGUGCCGCUGGGGCCGCCGCCGUGACGCGCCAAGCGAGAGCCCCCGACCGCAUUACCACCUAGGAGGGCAGUUAGCAGCAACGUAAUCGUGGCAUGGCCCGUUCCCGUCUUCCCUCACUUGCGUUUCGGCAGCGUUCGCAGGACAGGCAUGCGUCGGACUUCUAGUACAUUGCCAGCACGCUUGGCGAGGCGAGUUGUGUACAUGAUCGCGGUCCGCUCCCAUCUCCUGCUCCUCAACAACAACAACAACAACAACAACAACAACAGCAACAGCAACAGCAACAAAAACAGGAGGGCGUCGAGAGCUACGUUCAGGUGGCCUCCCCCACGGUCGUCGCGGGGCUCGGCUUCGUCGUCGGCAUGCUCCACACGCUCGCGGGACCGGACCACCUGGCCGCGCUGGCCCCGCUGGUGGUGGGGAAGCGGCGGUCCCCAGUCAAGGCGUUCGGGCUCGGCGCCCUCUGGGGCUCUGGCCACGCCGUGGGGCAGCUGAUCAUCGGCGCCGUCUGCAUAGCGAUAAACUUCGGCAUCCUGCACGGCUCCGUGGCCUCGAGGCUGCAGGAGCUGAGCCCGCUCCUCGUCGGCGGGGCGCUGGUGGUCCUCGGCCUCACGGGCAUCCGCGAGGCGUGGAAGUACCAGCUUGGUGACCAGACCGUCGACUACGGGGCCGACUCGAAGGGCGGGUUCAAGCGGACUUCCGCCACCGUGGUGCUGCACGAGGCCUGUCCCCGACGCCAUCCUGUCGUCGCGCACCGCGCUGGGGCCUAGCCGCGACUGGCGGGCGUCUUCCACGUGGCCGGCGUCGUGCUCGGCACGUUGCUGUCCAUGGGCGGCGUCACCUUCUGCCUCGGGAUGCUCUCGCGCCGCACACCGCGCUUGGAGAUCCUGUCGG